UAGAAGGCCCAGUCCACUUCUUAUUGAAGAAGACAAACAAGAGUUAACAAUACAUUCAGAUUUCUCUCUCUCUCUCCUCCGCCUAGUUCGACGCGAUCGCAUUUUCGCCAGUCUUGAGAGCGUAUCAGAUUGCCGCCACAGUCAUCACCACAAGAUGAUUGAUGAUCAGGACUUGGGCUUCUUUGCCAAUUUUCUCGGGAUCUUUAUAUUCGUGCUCGUGAUCGCUUACCAUUACGUGAUGGCUGAUCCAAAUUACGGAGGCAACUGAAACGUGACGAUGACUUUCGACAAACGACAAUAUUAUUACAUUGCUCAUAAACUUUAGACACUUUCUAUUAUAUGAUACCCUAGUUGUGUUUGAGACUCUCUUUUUGUAGUUUUAUCUGAAUUCUCAUUUUUAUUCUAAUAUACAAAAUAAUAAAACAAAAUAUAAUUUAUAUU